AUGAACGACACUCCGGAGGGUUAUUUUCGUAGUAGCAGGGGAUUGAGGCAAGGGGAUCCUUUGUCUUCAUUACUAUUUGUCAUUGUAAUGGAGGCUUUCAGCAUGAUGCUUGAGAAAGCUGUGGGAGAAGGUUUGUUAAGGGGCUUUAUGGUUGAUCAGCUGCAAGUAUCUCAUUUGUUAUUUGCAGACGAUACAUUGAUCUUCUGUGAUACAGAUGUUCGGCAAUUCAGGAACCUACGUCGUGUGCUCUUGUGCUUUAAAGCCGUAUCUGAAUUGAAAAUAAAUUUGGGAAUAUCUGAAGCUAUCAAAGUGGGAGAGGCCGAUAAUGUGGAGGAGUUGGCUGCUAUAUUGGGUUGCAGGGUUGCAGAACUGCCUAUGACGUAUCUUGGUCUUCCUUUGGGAGCACGGUUUAAGAGUAAACAUAUUUGGAACAGUAUUAUAGAAAAGGUGGAGAGAAGGCUAGCAGGUUGGAAGCGUAUGUAUCUCUCAAAGGGCGGUCAUCUUACUCUCAUAAAGUCCACAUUGUCGAAUCUCGCUACCUAUUUCUUGUCAUUGUUUCCUAUCCCUGUUGUAGUGGCAAAAAGGUUAGAGAGGAUCCAAAGGGACUUUCUUUAA